GUCCCCGCCCCUCGGGGGCGCGGUCUGUCGCCGCGGCGACGCGGGCGUGGGAGGACCCGGAUGUGCCUGGAUCCCAACAUGGCGGCGGCGGCGGCCGACACUUUGACCGGAGGACCCGGAACGCGGAGCUGAGGCAGGAAAGUUUUCCCUUGGUGGAAGGGUUUUGGGGCCAUUCCCAGGAGCGUGUCCUGGGCCAUGUUCUCCAAGAAGAAGAAGCGGGUGGAGAUCUCGGCGCCAUCCAACUUCGAGCACCGGGUGCACACGGGCUACGACCCCUCGGAGCAGCGCUUCACGGGGCUGCCCCGCCAGUGGCAGGGGCUGCUCGAGGAGUCCGCCCGGCGCCCCAAGCCCCUCGUGGACCCCGCCUGCAUCACCGCCAUCCGCGGGGCCCACAAGCCCAUCGUGCGCGGCUCCAAAGGCACCCGGGAUGGGACCCCCGGGGGCCGGGACCGGACCCUGGCGUGGCUGCUGGACGAGCUGGCGGCCGUGUCCGUGUCCCGCUCCAACUCCCUGCGCCGGGACAGCCCCCCCUGCCCCUCCCGGCCCCCCCCGGAGAACGGCCUGGCCCCGGGAGCCCCCCGCUCCCGCCCGGAGCCCGCCAGGAGCCGCCGCAGGGACCCGGAGCCCAGCCCCCAGUCCCAGCCCCGGGAGGACCCCCACGCUCACCCCCACCCCCCCGGGGGCCGCCCCAAAUCCAGCUCGGCCGGAGAGGGGCCCCCACGGCCCCCGGCCCGCGAGCAGCGCCCGCUCUCGGGGCCUGACCUGCGGCCCCCCGAGAUCCCCGGCGCCCCCGGAGCGGGGCUGAAGACGGCGCCCGGACGCCCCUUCCACACCUACCCCCGUGCUGACACCGACCCCGGCCCGGGGGGCACUGCCCAGGCCGAGCACCACACGGGACGCCCCCAGGAGGUGACCCCCAACGGGCCGGUCCCCACGGGCGCUCCCGGUGCCCCCCAGGCCCCCGGCCCCCCGCGCCCCAAAGCCCCGGAGCCGCCUCCCCCGGCCCCGGAGCCGCCGGCCCCGCGCGCCCCCGGCCCCGCGCCCGCCCCGGCGGGGGGGCCCCAGCGCGUGUCCCACGAGCAGUUCCGGGCGGCGCUGCAGAUGGUGGUGGACCCCGGGGACCCCCGCACGUACCUGGACAACUUCAUCAAGAUCGGCGAGGGCUCCACGGGCGUCGUGUGCAUCGCCACCGUGCGCGGCUCCGGGAAGCUCGUGGCCGUCAAGAAGAUGGACCUGCGCAAGCAGCAGCGGCGGGAGCUGCUCUUCAACGAGGUGGUGAUCAUGCGGGACCACCAGCACGAGAACGUGGUGGAGAUGUACAACAGUUACCUGGUGGGCGACGAGCUCUGGGUGGUGAUGGAGUUCCUGGAGGGCGGCGCCCUGACGGACAUCGUCACCCACACCAGGAUGUCAGAGGAGCAGAUCGCGGCCGUGUGCCGCUCGGUGCUGCGGGCGCUCGCCGUGCUCCAUGCCCAGGGCGUCAUCCACCGCGACAUCAAGAGCGACUCCAUCCUCCUCACGCACGACGGGCGGGUGAAACUCUCGGAUUUCGGGUUCUGCGCCCAAGUGAACAAGGACGUGCCGCGGCGCAAGUCCCUGGUGGGCACCCCGUACUGGAUGGCCCCCGAGCUCAUCUCCCGCCUGCCCUACGGCCCAGAGGUGGACAUCUGGUCUCUGGGAGUGAUGGUCAUCGAGAUGGUGGAUGGGGAACCCCCUUAUUUCAACGAGCCCCCCCUCAAAGCCAUGAAGCUGAUCCGGGACAACCUCCCCCCCCGGCUCAAGAACGGCCACAAGGUGUCCCCAUCCCUGAAGGGCUUCCUGGAGCGGAUGCUGGUGCGGGACCCGGCGCAGCGGGCGAGCGCCCCGGAGCUGCUGCGCCACCCCUUCCUGGGCGUGGCGGGCCCCCCCGCCUGCAUCGUGCCCCUCAUGCGGCAGCACCGGCUGCGGUGAGACCCCCGCCCGAGGGAGACCCCCGGCCUCCUCCUGCUCCUCCUCCUCCUCCUCAGCAGCACCCCCAAACUGGAGUGGGACUGGGAUGUUCUGGGGGACACCAGCCCCCCCAACCUGUACUACUGAGCUGGGGACCCCCCAGCAGAGAUUUUGGGGGAGGGGGGAGGAGCUGUCAUCCCAGGGAUUUGGGUUCCUCCUGGUCCCUCCUGCCUUUGGGACCCAUUUUGGGGCAUUCCCCCCCUUUUUUUUUGUUUUUUUAGCCUCCUCUUUUCUACCCAGUUUGGGCACUGGGGUGGGGCCCCCCAACAUCUCCGUGAGAGGGGGGUCCCUGAAACUACAGCCACCCCUCUCCCCAGCACACCACACUACUGAUCAGGGUGUGUCCCUCCCCUGGGCCUUCCUCGUCCGUUUUUGUUGAUUUUGGGGUGUUUUUUGUUGGUUCCUUCCCCCCCGAACUCCCUCGUACCCCCUCGGUUGUUUUUUAACAAAGUGAUAUUUAUAUGGUUGGGUUUUGUACCACGCGGGACGGGGGGGCCCCGGGGGGACACGGGGCCCCCCCCAAAUUACACGUGUCCUUUUGGA